CUAGCCAGAACUGCAACGUGAAUUUUUUUAGGGGUGCGCUAGAGCAGCGUACUACAGAGGCGCGCCGACCACCAUUUCCUAACCAAACUUGAUCCAACAUUGUUGCGGCCUUUAAAUGACAGUCUAGCCCCGUCUUGGACCCGGAGGCACCCUCCGUGCUCACACCUUCCUUCUGCGUCGAAAGCCGUUCCUCACUUGCCGACACGACUCUAGUGACGGAAUUUGUGUGGGAAAAAUGGACGACGGAAAGGAAAAGGAUCUGACGCUUGACAAGCUCAAGGCGAAAAAAACAAAGGAUGACAAACACAAACUGGCGAAGGACAAGUAUAUGUAUGAUUUUCUCACGAGAGUCAUGUUUUGGUCAUGCGUUUUUGAUAGCGGAUAUGAAGUUGUCCUGCGUUAUACAACGCAAUAAGACUAACGCAAUUUAAUUAUGUUAAAUUAAAAAUUGUCAGAUACAACGAGGAUGACCUGUCCCACUUCAAGGAUCAGAAAGACAAGGACUACAAAGACAAAAAGUUCAAAGACAUAUCCGUUGCAAAUUUACUGUACACGUACAAAAUUAUGCAUCACAAACUUCUUUCCUGCUUGAGUUUGUCAUGCUGAAUACGGGAACGGCAACGGUUUGUCAUGCACUUUAUUUGUCAGCACUUGCAUUUGCAUUAGCAUUUCGUACGUGAAUGGGAAGAAAUUUCCUGUGGAUAGGGCAAGGACAAAGACUACAAGUACAAGGCGGACAAACUUGACAAGGACAAGUACAAAGACAAGAUGAAGGACAAGGACAAAAUGAAGGACAAGGACAAGGAUAUGAAGGACAAGGAUAAGAUGAAGGACAAGGACAAAAUGAAGGACAAGGACAAGAUGAAAGACAAGGACAAAAUGAAGGACAAGGACAAGAUGAAAGACAAGGACAAAAUGAAGGACAAGGACAAGAUGAAGGAUCACAAGGACAUGAAGGUACUUUAUGAAGUUUUUACUGCCACCAAAAAGCACAAGCAUCUGCAUGUUUCUGAUGUUGAUAAAGUAGCACUUGCGGAAAGUAUAUGAGCACUCUCGCUACUACUACUUCUAAAACUUAUCAGGACAAGGACAAAAAGAAGGACAAGGACAAAUUUAAGAACAAGGACAAGGACAAAAAGAAGGAGAAACUCAUCAAGGAGGAGAAAAUCAAGGGGAAUGUUAUGCGAAGAGAACACAUGAUGCCCCGAUGCCUGAGCCUUUUCGUGUUGCCCCUCAAUAUUGUAGAUCAUGCUGAGUGUGCAUCUGCAUGUGCUGUUUUUAUUUGGCCUUUUCCUUGCUUGUUUUGUCGUGCUAAGAAAUGUGCGCGCGGCCGAGGCAUUGGCUCUCCGGCACAUCAACACAGCGCAGCACAGUUGCAUUCUAGUAAAAUUUACGUUGCCACUUGAUAUCAGUUGUCCAGCGGAACCUGUCCAUGUGCAGCCGUUCGAGGGCAUCUCCAGGGACAUGAAUUGUGUUGCAUACUUGCUGGAACCACAAAAAAUAAAACGAAGCGAGCCGGGUUGAUCUUUCCAGUAGCAAAGAUUCAGAAGGAGUUGAGGGUAAGUAAGUACUACCUUUGACUGCUUUCCGUGUUUUCAUGCAGUCGUGAUGUUGUGCGACUGCUAUAGUGAUCGUAAAAGAGUGACUCUGAUUCUCUAGCUUUACAACUCAGUCAACAAAAGAACUACGUAUGAAUUACACAAACAGAACAUGCUCCCUGCAAACGCGCGAUUGAACUCCUCCAGCAGUGUUUUCCUCGGGGGAGUUAUCAAAUGCAAAAAUGUCUGGGUCGGGAUGGUUGUAAACUUGUAAUGCUGUUUUUGAAUUCUACAAAAAAUUUGUAUUGCAUGACCAGCAAAAGGAGUCCAGUUUGUUCUACGCGGGGAUGGCAUUUCUCAUGCGGAAUCGGCAUCAGGAUCAGGAAGUCCUCUAAAAAUCUGUGAUGCUAGGCCAUGCAUUACAGGCGUCACGUGUCAUGCAAAAUAUGCAUGACAAACCUGGCAAUCUUCCAGACCCAGAGGACAUUUUUACAUUUGAUAGGAGUGAUGGAGUACGUCGUAGCAGAGCUCCUGGAAGUGGCCGGGAACACAGUGAAAAACCAGGGUAAGAAGCGCAUCAACCCAAGGCACUUGCAGGUCGCAAUCAAAAACGACGACGAACUGAACACGCUGAUCCGAGCCACAAUCGCGGGCGGCGGUGUGGUGCCAGACAAAACCGCGGUGCAAAUGAUGCACGAGAGGGAUGAGAAGGCAAAACAGGCAGCGAAAAAGAGACACGAGGGCGGCGGCGGAGCUGGGGGGCAGAAGUUUGAAAGUAAUAUGCAGUUGGUGUUCGUGAAAGUGAAUCAUAAUCAUAUUGCUGUUUACGUGAUGUUCAAUUCGAUUUUUUUUUUUGGCUGAAGACGGAGAAAGCGCUUUGUUAUCAUGCUUUUUCUGAUGCAGCUUGACAACAACAAAAAACAGUGUUUUCCGAGGACAUGAUAUACGAGCCACCACAGAAGAAGCAAAAGGCCGCCUACGACAAUGUCAGCAAGACCUCUGUGUUUGACGCGAAUUUGAAUAUGAAGGUAACUCUAAGCACUAUGCUUGUUGCACUCUAGCAUUGUCACGCGCGUAGUUGAAUACUUUUUUUUGCAUAAGCUUCUUUAUCAACAUUUGUAUUGCGAAUUAUAUGUUGCUCAUCAAAUAAUUCCAGAACUACGACGUCGCCAUGUUCGAGCCGCACUUUAACUUCGGUGCGCAGGGCACCAUGCCCGACAAGCUGGCCAUGGGCGGCGGCGAGGGGAAGAAGGUGGUCGGGGGCAAGAAAGCCGCGGUGUUUGAGGCGCAAGCCAUGGCGGAAAAGAAGAAAAAGAAAGCGGUGGCGGCGAAGAUGCCACUCUUUGCUGCGGAUGGCUCCUUCUUCCAGGCUGCGUAGGGAACCUGCUUCUAGGCUGCCUAGGCUCGUCGGAACAAAAAAUGGUGAUUCGCACCUUUACCGGAACUCUGCAGCGCAGAAAAACGUAUAAGAAAUUGAGAUUACACAAACACAUCAAAUAGAUCAGAUUCAGACUCUGAGUCGAAAUCAAUGCACGCGAUGGUUUCGAUUUCGCACAGACGCAAGAUUAGUAGAACUAGUGUUUCGAACUUUUACAACUUGAAACAGCAGAGGAAAACCAAAUUGUUAACGCAAGGCCGAUAGAGCUGCGUCCCCAAGCACCACGACGCACUUUGCAGUAGAGGAACCCUCUCAAGGAAAUCAAACCGCAAACGUAGCGGUGUGACGAAUAAGAAGGAACGCAGAAAAUCACUACGGCAAUAUUUAUACAGCACGCAUGUGAAGCACUCAAGAUUCAAAUGUAUUGUACUUAUUAGCCCCCGCCCCCCGCACCGCGAGUGCAAACGAUUUCCAAUUAUGAGCUUGCUCCGAUAC